UUAACUAGUACCUGAAAUUUUCAACUUGAUCCACUUGUUUCGGAGACACACGGUAAAAAGUAACUGGUAUCACGAGGUGCUAAGGUGAAAUGGAAAUGAAAGAAAACAGCAAGGAAACGGAGAAGUUAGAGAGAAGUGCAGACUUUCUCAACUCUCCAGACACCAAACCAGACAUCCAACCGGGUGAAGACAAACUAGCCUCGUCAUUUGCAACUUUCUGGAACAUUUGCAACACAAUUCAAGGUUUACCGAUAUUGGUCAUACCUUAUGCCGUCCGGAAUGGUGGCUACUUGGCCAUCCUUACUCUUUUGCUUGUCGCGGCUGCUUCUAAUUACACUGGAAAAACAAUUGUUCGUUGCCUCUAUGAAAUAGAUCCAAAGAGCGGUAAACGAAAAAGGGUCCGCAAUUCCUACGCAGAUAUCGGCGACGCUUUUCUGCCAAACUUAGGAGGCCAUAUUGUCCUUGCUACUCAGUUUAUAGAGCUGUUGUUUGUAGCUUCAGUUUAUCCUUUAUUAGUAGGAAGAUUACUGGCAAAAUCGUUUCCUCACGUUGCUGUUCCUUGCUGGCUCUGGACACUCUUUGGCGGAAUACUUUUUGUUCCAAAUAUUUUUCUUAAAAACCUUUCUCAAGUGGCGUGGACCAGCAUCUUGACAGUUCUUUCCGCCAAAAUUAUCUUCAUUACAGUGUUUGCUUACAGCUUAUCCUGGUUCCACAGGUGGGAGCUCAGUUCUUUGAGACAUUUUAAUGCCAGUACAUUUCCAUCAGCGUUAGGAAUACUUGUAGCAAGUUAUCUAUCACAGCCCUUUGUGUCCCUCAUCGAAGGCAGCAUGCGCUACAAAGACAAAUUCAACUUUUUGAUGAACCUUGCGUACGGAAUAAUGACAUUGCUCAACGUGAUCAUUGGAGUAGUCGCUUACAUCUCAUUUCAUCCCAACACGGCUGAAGUCAUAACAAACAACCUACCAGAAGGCUCAUUCCGUCGAGCAGUGAAUGUUAUGGCGGCUGUGUUGUCUUUUACAUCCUAUACAUUACCGAUGUUCACUAUAUUUAACAUUGUUGAAAACUCCAACUUUCCAUGUUUACCAGAGGAUCUCGCUAGAUCCAUCUUAAAACCAUCCGUUAUCUUCCUUCGUUUAUCAAUGGUAUCUACAAGUAUCAUUUUCGCUGCUACUUUUCCCGCCUACACCUAUCUAUUAGCAUUUGUCGGCAGUAUCGCUGGUAUCAGUUUGGAGUUCAUAUUCCCACCUUUGAUUCAUCUAAAGUUGUACUGCCAUGACAUGACAUGGUGUAACAUUAUAGUUGACAUAAUUGUUCUUGUUGUGGGGAUUUCUGUUUCAGUGACCGGAGCGUUCUUUUCUGGGCGUUCAAUGAUCAGUACUUACAGUCAACCGAUAAUCCAUUACUGCUCGUAACGCUCAGGUGCUCGACUCGCGGAGACCCAGAAUAAGUUGAUAUCAAUAACAGUAAGAUACUUAGCGAAAAACAUAUGAAAGAGGCACUAAAAAAAACAAUGUGAUCUUCUCUUAUGAAGCCAAAAAAAGCUUUCAACUAAUAUGUUUGUGUCCUUUUCUAGUUCUGUAGUUUUGUAAUUAAAUAGUUAGUUACACUUGUACCUGCGACCUAUUUUGGGGAUUAUUUAACUAUGCAGAAAAAGAAUUUUUGUUAGCCAAAUUUUACUGAUUAAGUACAAUUCUAAGGAUGUAAGGAAAAGAGUUUUAAAAAUAUGCAUAUAAGGAUGUGGAAAAAGAGGGUAGGUUUCUUUGGUCCGUGUGAGAAUCGAACUCAC